UCAGCGGUCAUUCAUUAUAAAGCCGCAAGUUCCUCCGUCUCUUUCCACCUUCAGCCAUUUUGACAAUGUUGGGAGCUGUGGGACGCUGCUGCACCGGGGCUCUGCAGGCUCUUAAGCCUGGGGUCCAGCCCCUGAAGGCUCUCGUUGGAUCCCCAGCCGUCCUUUCACGCAGGGACUAUGUCGCACCUGCCGCCGCUGCCGCCGUCGCCACCGGGCGCAUUGUGGCUGUCAUCGGUGCCGUCGUCGACGUCCAGUUCGAUGAGGGCCUUCCUCCCAUCCUCAACGCCCUGGAGGUCGCCGGCCGUGAGUCCAGGCUAGUCCUGGAGGUUGCACAGCAUCUUGGGGAGAGCACAGUGCGUACCAUUGCUAUGGACGGUACUGAAGGUCUGGUCCGUGGACAGAAAGUUCUGGACACCGGUGCCCCCAUCAGAAUCCCAGUGGGUCCCGAGACUCUGGGCAGGAUUAUGAAUGUCAUCGGCGAGCCCAUCGACGAGAGGGGUCCCAUCUCCACCAAGCAGACUGCACCCAUCCACGCUGAGGCCCCUGAAUUCACUGACAUGAGUGUGGAGCAGGAGAUUCUGGUGACUGGUAUUAAAGUGGUAGACCUGCUGGCCCCCUACGCCAAGGGAGGAAAGAUCGGUCUGUUCGGUGGUGCCGGUGUGGGCAAGACUGUGUUGAUCAUGGAGCUGAUCAACAAUGUGGCCAAGGCCCAUGGUGGUUACUCUGUGUUUGCCGGUGUGGGAGAGCGUACCCGUGAGGGAAACGACUUGUACCAUGAAAUGAUUGAGUCCGGUGUCAUCAACCUGAAGGACACCACCUCCAAGGUGGCGCUGGUGUACGGACAGAUGAACGAGCCCCCCGGUGCCCGCGCCAGAGUGGCUCUGACCGGACUGACCGUAGCAGAGUACUUCCGUGACCAGGAGGGUCAGGAUGUGCUGCUCUUCAUCGACAACAUCUUCCGCUUCACACAGGCUGGCUCUGAGGUGUCUGCCCUUCUGGGUCGUAUCCCCUCUGCUGUGGGUUACCAGCCCACUCUGGCCACUGACAUGGGUACCAUGCAGGAGAGAAUCACCACCACCAAGAAGGGUUCAAUCACAUCUGUGCAGGCUAUCUAUGUGCCCGCUGACGAUUUGACUGACCCUGCCCCUGCCACCACCUUCGCUCACUUGGACGCCACCACUGUGUUGUCCCGUGCCAUCGCUGAGCUGGGUAUCUACCCCGCUGUCGACCCCCUGGACUCCACCUCCCGUAUCAUGGACCCCAACAUUGUCGGAGCUGAGCACUACGAUGUCGCCCGUGGUGUGCAGAAAAUCCUCCAGGACUACAAAUCCCUGCAGGAUAUUAUUGCUAUUCUGGGUAUGGAUGAGUUGUCUGAGGAGGACAAACUGACUGUGGCCCGUGCCCGCAAGAUCCAGCGUUUCCUGUCCCAGCCCUUCCAGGUGGCCGAGGUCUUCACUGGCCAUAUGGGCAAGCUUGUGCCCCUCAAGGAGACCAUCAAGGGCUUCAAGAGCAUCCUUGCUGGUGAGUACGAUCCUCUGCCCGAGCAGGCUUUCUACAUGGUCGGCCCCAUCGAAGAAGUCGUUCAGAAGGCUGAGAAGCUGGCUGAGGAGCACUCAUAAACAUCCAAACAAUCUAAACUGUUUUGGGGAGAGAAACGGAAAGAGAAGGGGGGUCCUGUGGUUAGGAGCACUUGGUUUGUAAAACAUGUCAAAAUACAAAUGUACCUGUCUUGUCAUCUUAAAAGAAAGUUCUAUUUAAUGUUUCCAAUGGAAGAUGGAAUAAAACACUGUCUUUACACAAAACAGCUUGUCAACUGUAUAUUUCCUAAUAGGCUUUAAUAGUUGUAGCUGAGAAUCUUGUUCCUAAUGAGGCAUUUCAUGAAAUGGCUGUCCUUAUCCACUCUGACCACAAGAUGGCAGUCUUGAGCCAUGUUACGCUUUCUGAACUGUGUUGCAGCUUGUCUCGUACUGAAAUAAAACGGUGGACAAAGAA